AUGCCUCUUGAUCCACUCACUGCUUUGUCCGUUGCUGCUUCUGUCAUUCAAUUCGUCGAAUUUAGCAGCCAAAUCGUUUCGAAGGCCCGACACAUAUACCAGUCGCCGCAUGGGAUCUUACAAGGAAACUAUGAGAAUGAGACGAUCAGUAUACGGUUACAAAGCCUAGCUGAAGGGUUGAAGGUCCCUCUGAAGCCCAAAGAGGAUACUGCAGUGACCAAGCAAGACCAAGCACUGCAAGACAUCUGCAUGGAGUGUAUUUCUCUGAGCGACGAGUUACUUUUACGACUAGACAAGCUCAAGGUACCUUCGAUUGCCCAACAACGAAGAUGGAAAAGCUGUCGGCAAGCGCUGAAAAGUGUGUGGUCGAAGAAGAAGUUGGAUGCAGCAGCAGCACGCCUAUCGCAGCUUCGAAGCGAAUCUGAAAUUAGUCUCAUUUCUCUUCGUCAAGACGAAGGUUUCAAGACUCUUGGCGAGGAUUCUGCGCUUAUCGUGGAAAUGCUCGUUCAAGACCGCCUGACAAAUCGCAACCAUAUCGCUCAUCAGUUUGAGGAAUUCAAACUGCAUCAGAAAGCAGAGCAUGAAAGGACACGAGAAUAUUUCAUCAACGUUGAUUUCCAAAAGAGGAGACAGGCUGCUGAAAAAAGCCUCCUGCAAGCUUUGAAGUUUAAAACGAUGCGAGAUCGGCUGGAAUCAAUCACAAAAGCGCAUAGAAAUACCUUCGAAUGGAUUUUCAAAGAUCCGACUGAGUUUGACAAACCCUGGGACAACUUCCAGGAGUGGCUAAUAUCUGGUCAAGGCCUUUACUGGAUUCAAGGCAAAGCCGGUUCAGGGAAGUCAACGCUCAUGGAGUUCAUCUCAACUCAUUCAGACACGACAAGUAACCUCUAUAAUUGGUCAAAGGGUAAAUAUUUGAGGGUCGGAACUUUUUUCUUCUGGAAUGGUGGAAACCCUGAGCAGCGGUCACAGGCUGGCUUGCUUCGAUCCUUACUUUUCCAGGUACUUUCCAUUGAGACUUGGCUCAUUCCAGAUGUCUUUCCGGAAGAAUGGGAAGAGUAUUUCAGCGAGCAGUGCGGAGCGGCAGAAUCGAACUAUCCGACGAUCGUACGGGGCAGACAGUCUUUCGGAUCUGUCUGCCCCGAGAGCGUUGGCACAAAUCUCUGCUUUUUUAUUGAUGGACUCGACGAGUUUGAUGGGAACCAUGCAGAUAUGGCGGCAUACUUCCAAGACCUUUCGAAGUAUUCACAUGUCAAAUUCUGCCUCUCGAGUCGUCCCUGGCCAGUAUUUGAGGAUAUCUUUGACGGGGUCCCUGGACUCAAGCUACAAGAUUUGACUGUUGAUGAUAUCAAGCUUUAUUUUCAGGACACACUUGUGAAACACAAGAGAAUGGUUGAUCUUGCCGAAGAGGAACCCGAAGAAACAUCAGCACUUUGCCAAGAAAUCAUCGACAAAGCUUCCGGUGUGUUUUUGUGGGUGUACCUUGUCAUAAGGUCGCUUCUAGAGAGCUUGAGGAACCUUGAUGGAAUCAGCUAUCUAAAACAAAAGCUAUCAGAGCUCCCUCCGGAACUCGAACCUCUAUACGGCCAUAUGCUCAACGGUAUCGAUCCGAUCUAUAAGAAAGAGUCCUCUAAGAUCUUUCAAAUAUUCAGGGCCUCCAUUAGCGAUGUCGACGGCGGCCGUAAAUUGGAUCCUAUCGCUCUUGAGGGAGCAUUGAAUGCAGAAUUCAUCCAAACGAUGAAUGCAAGAAUACAACCGCAACCUAUGACGGAGGAACAGCGUGAAAUGCAGCUGAAACGUCACAUUCGAAUGGUAACGCAACUGAAAAGCCGUACAAAAGGAUUACUGGAGAUUUGCGAGCCAAAACACAACCCAGAGCAGUCACCCAUAUCAUAUCUUCACCGCACAGUCAAAGACUAUCUGGAACAAAAAGAGAUCUGGAAGGGAAUUUUGAGUUACGCCGCUGGAUCUGACUUUGAUCCAACAAUUUCUCUGCUUAUGUUUUAUGUCAUGGAGCUCAAGACC